AUCCUCCUUUCAUACGAGUUAGGCUUACUUAGCAACUUCCAGUGAAGGUUGUCUAAGUGCCGCACGGGUCGAAAGACUAGCCCCAUGACAAUACGGUACAAUAUUGGCUUUGUCUUUAUGUUUUAUCUAUAGAUGUCUAUUACGAGAUGAAAUUAGCGAAUUAUACCUCAGUAGGGUGAAAAAGAAAGAUAGAAAGAAGAGGCCCGGCAAAUCGCUUAGGAAAUCAAUGAGGAAUGGGCAGAUAUUUAGAAAUAUACUUGCUUUGGCAAUGAUCCCUUGAAAGCAUAGUAAUAAUUAAUAAAUAUUAAAGAUUGACGGCAUAUUUUAUAUUUUAGUCGCCAAAUGGAUGCAUGAAGUUCUAGAAGACGUUGACCAUGAUGAAAGCGUCCGGUUUUGUGAAUCCAGUCCUACCAUGUAGAAAAAUAGCUGAACUCCUAAACCUAAAUCCUCGCUUGCACUCUGAUCUGAAACAGCAGUUUUAGGAACGACAAUGUCCAGAUCCAGAAACCUAUUAGUUAUGUGCUCUGUUCUGAUGGGCUGCCUUUUCGCUUACUCUGCCUCUGUUCAGCUGAAUGACCCUGACUGGUACUUUUGGUUUCCACUGUAUUCCUGCGCCUGCAUGGUUAAUCUGACAAACAGCAUCAUCUCCGCCAAGCUGAACAGGCAAAUCGCAAGGCUUUCGCCGUGGCUUGGGGUGUUUUUAUUUGUCAAAGUUGUGGCGGAAGACCUUGGGAAUGGAGCAGCGGGGUCUCUGUCAUUGGAUUUAAGUGAGAGAGUUGUCAGGGAGAAAACUGGAAGCCUGCUUGUUAUCAUAUCCAUGAUCCUGCAGUUGCGACUAUCAUCUGCCCCAGAUGACCCCUCACUUUUGGUAAAUUACGGUGAGCUCCGGACGUUUAACUCCUCUCACCUUUGCAGCGAAUCAAUCAAAGUAAUAAUAAUUAUACAAGUCACCUGCGGUUGCUUGCAGGCAUGCUGUUCUUGGUGUUUCUCAGUUGCAUCCUAACCCUGCUAUUCUUCUUGGUAACAAAAGGAGAAACGAAGUUCUCGCGCCAACAAAGAAGAUCAGUCACGACCUGAUUACUCGAGAUAAUGUCGCGGGCCACCCUUCAAGGGAUAUCAUGAGGAAACAAGGCCUUUUAACAGAGUGGAAUGUUCAAAUGAAGUUCUUGUACAGAGACGCUAUUUUGGAGGCCGAUCAUCGAAUUUGAUUUCUUGCACCUUUUCUGUUUUGGUUUGUAUUGUGUUCAUUUUGUGCUAAUAUUGGCUGCAAUCUUCAUUCAAAAAGAACACCAGUCACUCGUGGCAUUCGUCUUCUCUUCCCGCCUGAAGACUAUAACCAAUAUUAAUUAAUAUAAAGUUCAAGAGCUGCUUUUCACUGGCAGCAUAUAUGA